AUGGCCACCGAGAAGCAGACCGAGGUUCUCCUCUAUGGACUAGGGGCGAUUGGCUCGUUCUAUGCAUUUGUGCUUAGCAGGGUGUCCAAUGUACGAUUGACGGUUGUUGCUCGGUCCAACUACGAUGCAGUGAAGCAGAACGGCAUUAUCCUGAAAAGUGAAAACCAUGGAGAGCACACAAUCCGUCCGUACAAAGUUGUGCGCAAUGCGGCCGAAGCAGACACCAAGUUUGAUUACAUCGUCUGCGCUCAUAAGGCCAUCACCCAGGAUGCGGUCCCUGCUCAAAUAGCUCCAGCAGUGGACGACCAGAAGUCCACGAUUGUCAUCAUCCAGAACGGUGUCGGAAACGAGGUGCCGUUCCGCAAGGCGUUCCCCCACGCGACGAUCGUCUCAUGUGUCACAUGGACUGGUGCUUCCCAGCCGCAGCCGGGGCACAUCUUUCACACCAAGUCUGAGGACAUGCAAAUCGGAUUGUACCCCAACGACGGCGCAGAUCAAGCCGUGGAGAAGCAGCGACUUGACGAGUUCGCUUUUUACCUGACCGAGGGCAAGACCGUCUUCCAAGUAGUCCCCAACAUCCAGGUUCAACGUUGGGAAAAGGUAGUCUGGAACGCGGCCUGGAACUCGUUGACAACUCUCACGCUCCUCGAUACACAUUCUUGGCUUAGCUCUUCAGAGGGAGCCACGCCCUUGACACGUCGUCUCAUGACAGAAGUUAUCGAUGUCGCCAAGGGGUGCAACGUGCCCAUCGACUAUGAUCUGAUCGAUAAGCUCAUCAAUAAGAUCCUCGCCAUGCAUCCUAUCGGCAGCAGUAUGCAAGCCGACUACAAGGCCGGCAGGCCAAUGGAGGUGGAUAUCAUUCUCGGUUACCCAUACAGAAAGGGCAAAGAACUAGGCAUUGCGACACCAACGCUGGAUACCAUAUACAUCAUCCUGACUGGCACGAAUCUUAGACUUCUCAGAGAGAAUGGCCAAGCAUAG